UGAUGACAUUUAUGACCCAUUUAUCACUCAUGUGAUGUUCCCCAACCCCAAAAAGAUUCAAUAUAAGAGCCAACCGCUGAGACAACAAUACCAUCCACUGAUCAGGAAUACAUACAAGAUGUUGCUGUAUUUUGUCCUCUUCACCCUGUGCAGUGUUGCAUAUGCAAUCGAUGAAUAUCCUAUGCUGAUGACUGAGGAUGUUUCAGAUAGCAGUUUAUGUAAGACUGGCUAUUAUCAGAAGGAAGAUGACCCUUGUUGUUUCUACUAUCAAUGUGAUAUGAAUAAAAGGAAAGCUUAUCCUAGAAGAUGCAUGGAUGGAACUUUUUGGAACAGUGAUUUGUGUGCAUGCGAUUGGGAUUGGGUCUCUGGUUCAUGUAAUUCAACAAUAAAUGGACAAUGUGCUAUGAUGUACCAAAUACCAAAAGCACCAUGUAUGGCUGAUACAGAGAGAAACGAAUGCUGCCUGAAUGGUGAAAAAUACGAUAACCACACAAGUGGUUUUGGACCAAAAUAUGUGAGAAGUAGCGCAGAUCCUACUAAAUAUAAAAUACCCGAGUGUGACAAUGAAGUGAGAAAAUGUCCAGUUGGUACAUUCAGUCUGAAGUAUUGCGCAUGUGAACAUCCAAAGACUGAUUGUGCCUGUACACACUGGGACUUUGAAAAUCCUAGACCUCUCACUGCCGAUGAUUCCACAUUUAUGAAUAAAGGACACUGCAGGGUCAAUGGAUCACUUGGAAUACUCAGGUGCAGCGGAAACAGAGGUAAUCCUGCAACGAUACCAGCAACUCAGAAAUUUUAUUUGGGAAGAAGUGGUGCAAUUUUUGGAAAAGUUGAAGCUGAUUUCUCAGGAAGAUUUACAACUAACGGACCAGGAGAGGGACGAACGAUUCAUAUCAAUAUGAACGUGCUGGAUAAUGGGGAUGUGGAGCUCUUUGGAGUAUUGAAUAGUAGACGAUUCAAUGUUACUGUUACACCCUCAGUUCCUGCGAAUGAGGAUGUUGAAUAUCAAUGGUUUGUCAUAACUGUUCAAGAUAACAAAAUGAAAGUUGUGAAUGGUGUAACAUACACAGAUGGAUCAAUUAGCAGUGAGGACAACACAUACAUGUUGCCAGGAUCUUUCCAACUGACAGGCAAUGACUGUCCUCUCAAGCUAGGUCUAGACGAAUCAGUUUAUUAUGAUUUUGGAUACUGUCAAUUUGGAGAUUGGUCACCUAGUCAUUACGACGACUAUGGUGCUAACUGUACAGUACCAAGCAACCCCAGGCCAUCUGAUGGUUCUUGGUAUGUGUUUGAGAACUGGGACUUCACAACUCCUACCAGUGAUCCUACAUUUCGAUAGAAAACAGUUAACUGUAUGAAAUGAAGAGAUGGAGAGGAAAAAAUCAUAAUCAGAGUGUGAAUCUUUAAAAUUAUUUGAAAUAAAGAUCUGCUAACAAAAUUUUUUUUGAUUCAUCCUUUGUUCAUGAGGCAUUAUGAUCUAUGUACAUGUACAGUG